UUACCUUUCAGGAAGAGACGAAUCACGUUGGCGGUAAACUUCAAGAUGGCUCAGCCUCAGUACAAACUUGCUCGAUUUGCAAAGUACGGUCCACCGCCCCUGACCCAAGAGCAAAAACUGAAGAAGGAGAAAGGGUUUGUUCUCGAUGCUGUAGCGGUUAGCACUCUAUCAGACGACUCCGGCCGAGCUAAUCCGAAAAUGGCGACCGCUAUUCCACCGUACAAUGCUCAAAAGGACAGGCAUUCUAAAGGAUAUUUCGAAAAACCUGUCGUCAGAAAGCUUUUGAAAAAGACAGACCAGGAGUGUCCUGGUGACUCAAUAGCAGGCAAGCAAAUGGACAAAUUCUAUGACAAAGGCAUGAUGGGUGACUACAUCAAACGCCGCAACAGUGCAGGGGCUGGUCAUUCAACAAGUCAAGUGGGAGGUCAUGGUUUGUUCAUGGAAAAUAUUCUCCCUCUUAAUGGUUUCAAUGGUUGUUUUGGAUUUCGAAGAAACACUCCUUCGCUUCGAAACCACCCAUCAGUUUUCAUAGGGAAAAUUGAUAGCCGCUCAGUAGUUCCAUGACAAGGUUGUUGCAAUCUCCAAGUAUCAAGAAUAAAGAGAUAUCUGGUGUGCCUAACCCAAGGCAUAGAACUGGUAUACAUUUGAUGCCCAUGUGUGAAUGAGUUUCUAUUCAUAGUAAUAUAUUUAUUGAUAUUUGUAUUUCAAAGCUGUUCAAUUGGAAAGCAGCAAUGUCCAGCACAACUCAACUUUGCAAGAUGGUUUCUCCAAGGAAUCAGGCAAUUAUGGACUUUUUUAAUCUGUUACUGGCCAAAUAUGUUGGAGUGACUAUAAAGAAUUCUGUGCAGUGGAAACUUACCCAAGUUGAAGUUUACUUUUACAGAGCUCAUUAAUUCCCUUGUUGUCCCAGUCAGUGUAAAACUUCAACAUAUGGUUUCUUGGCCAAAUACUUUGUCUGCUUUCACAAUGAUCUAUGCAGCAUAACCCUUUUGAACAUCUCAACCCCUUCCCUCCCAUGAGUGACCAUCCAGUAAAACUUCAUGUAAACUUUAAGGCUGUCAGGUAAUAAGAGUUAAGACAAGUCUGAAAAGAAAGUUAUGGAAAUCUGGGUUUGGAUAAUUGGCUCUCAACUCUCCAAUCUGAUUACACAGUGAUGGUCUCACUCCUUAGGCCGGUCAAGUGGACUACCAGAGCUUGAAAUACAAUGGUAACAUUUUGUUAUGAUUUAGAGUUAAAAUAACUAAGAACAUUGAACCAUGUAACAUAUUUCCUGAACAACCAUUAGUACAGUGUCUGGCCCACAAAGAUCCUGGAAGCAGCCACAAAGUAAAAUCAAUGCUGCUUUGAAGUUAAUGGCCUAUGUUUGUACUGCAUGCUGCACCAUCUUAACUAAUUUUCAUAAGUAUCAUGCCACAUGGUUUGGUAAUUUUUUUGUAAAAAAAGUGUGGGGAAAAAAAUAAAUGUAUU